AUGUCUGCUGCAAUCCCAAAAAUAAGUCCUCUUUUAGGAGGAGUAUUGUUAGGUGGAUGUGGAAUAUCAUUACACUCUUAUAUGUAGCACGAAUGCACUUAAAAAGAAAGAAAUUAUUUAGUGGAUAAAAUGUAUUCUUAACCAAAAGAUUCUAUUGACAGAGAAUUAAUUCUAAAAUAGAUAAAUUAUUUAGAAAAUUUUGACAAUAACAUCAUUUCAAAAUAUAACGUUCCUAUUUUUAUUUCUUCGUUAUUUGGUGGUCUUUUCUUUUCAAAAACAUUCCUUGGUUUGGUAUUAAGUGACCUUAGUUUGAGAAUUCUACUUAGCUAUAAAAAAAAUUAGACAAAUUACAGCUAAUAUGAGCUUGAAAAUUCAAUUGAGUAUAAGGGAUUAACUUACUUAGAGCUAUCAAUAUUUGCAAUAAGUGCUACUUUACCUCUUAAGUUCUUACUAAGAAGAAAGUUGUGA